UUAAAUGUGUGCAUGCGCCAGAGGGAGGGAGAGAGCAGCGUGGGAAGGCAGGGAUGGGAUGAGGGAGAAGUGGCUUAAGGCUUGAGCAAGCAACCCAUUGAAUGGGAUCGUGUAUCAUAUCUCUGUUCCUUUCCGCUGCAUUUAUGGCACACACAACGAAAUCUGCCAAAAAUAGAGUUCGCUUUUACUUCCUCGCGCUAUCAACUAAGAUUCCUCCAUGCCCAUCAAACACGAACACAGAACACAUGGGGGGGGUUGUCACUACUAACCCUCCCGCUCCCCCUUGGUUAAUGUUGUGUAUCGUCGACUUGAUCGACCGAUCGAUCAACAGAUCGUUCAGUCUCCUCUAACGACUGAUCGAUCCAUCAAUCAAUCAAUUAAACAAGCAAUCGAUCGAGCAAUCAAUCAAGCAAUCAAUCAAGCAAACAAACAGACAACCAACACAUCCCCUAACGAAAGACAGUGGGCACGAAUACUACGAUGAUCAAAGAGGAUGAACACGAACUUAGCCCCGCCCCUCCCUCGUCAUCCAUCGCAUCCAUGCCGCGAGAGAGACAGACGCAAACAUGAGGGACUCAAUGCACACACCUUCAGUUUUGCAUAUCAGAAGUAUUCGAUCCCUCGGCCAGACGAAGCAUUGGUCUCCACCAUAUCCUCUCCUUCUUCGGCUUCCUCGCAGAUGAAAAGACAUCCGUCAUUUGCCAUCGCUCCUCGGGUCGAAAGGAGAGGAGAGGACACCAUCUCUAUCACUCUCCUCGGGUCGAGAGGAAAGGAGAGCAGAGGAAGCCAUCUCUAUCACUCUCCUUAGGUCGAGAGGAGAGGAGACGAGAGGAGAGGAAGCCAUCUCUAUCACUCUCCUCGGGCCGAGAGGUGAGGAGAGGAUGCCAUCUCUAUCUCUCUCCUCAGGUCGAGGAGAGGACGCCAUCUCUAUCUCUCCUCAGGUCGAGAGGAGAGGAGAGGACGCCAUCUCUAUCUCUCCUAGGGUCGAGAGGAGAGGAAGCCAUCUCUAUCCCUCUCCUCAGCUUGAGAGGAGAGGAGAUACAGAACUGUUCUCCAAGUAGUAUGUGCAGAAGGGGGAAAAACAAAAAGGCCGUAGUGAAGGAAAGAAACAAAGCACAAGAGCUCCCAGCAGCGGUGCCAUCGCGCUGGGGAUUUCUCUUAAACCAGCGUAAAAUAGUAGAAGUGGACAUAGGAGACGAACAACUGAACUAAAGAGGAGAGAGAAAAAUGAAGCGAGGGGCACACACAUGCAGUGAAAUGGGAAUGGAUACAACUCCUCUCGACAUGCACAGAUUGCAUGGCAACUACCAUCUUCUCCCGAGUAGAACGUACAGUCAUCAGAUCUGUAUUUGACCCAACUUUCAGUCCGGAUGCAGCAAAAAUGACCGUAAGUUCUGUUCGGGUGAAAACGGUAAAACGAUUACAGUGACGAAUAACUCACCGGCAAAUCCUCUCUAAAAACUUACUGCAGGAUUAUGACGACCACCCUCUCUAGCAACUUGCCGCAGCAUCAUGAUGAUCAUUUUUACACGCCCACAUUGGAUGGAAGCCAUGAGAGGCUGCUAUGGUUAUAUCAAGGGUGGCCACAAGCGACCCUUCAUUCACUUCCUGCUCUCAAGCUCUCAAACGCAACUCUUCGCUCCCUGCCCUCCUGUUCAACAGCGCAGAUUGGGGCACCGCCGUGCAGUUCUCUACGCCGCCCUUAGAUAAAGGAGGGCCGCGACUGCACUCUUCGACUGAAACUGUGCCUGGGAAGCUGAGUGGCUUGGCAGAGUGGUUAAACAGGACGAAGUGGCUUGCUUAACAAAAAGGAACCUGUGGGAUCCUCAUUCGCACGAGGAAAUCGACAAGAUACCAACCGACCAGACAUUGACAGCAUUCCCAAACCCCACUAAACUACUGCAGUUGCUAUUCCUUCUCCCCAUGCCAACAGAAAGAACCAGAAACGGCCCACGGCAAGAGAAAGAGAGACGAAGAAAGAAGGGACGGAGGGAGAAGGAGACAGAGCGAGAGCAAGAGAGAGAGAGAGAGAGAGAGAGAGAGAGAGAGAGAGAGAGAGAGANAGAGAGAGAGAGAGAGAGAGAGAGAGAGAGAGAGAGAGAGAGAGAGAGGAGAGGAGAGGAGCACAGAGAGGACAAUACAAGGGGUAGGUCCGAUCAGUAAUGACUGCUGAAACAGUAAGACGCACGGGGAGAAGAAAGAAACAAAUGCAAACGAGGCGG